AUGGCAAUGUGUUCACUUUACUUUCUUGCGAUUUACAUGUCUCAUCCGGUAACCACACUUCUCCAAAACCCUAAAUCUUCUCUUCUGUUCGCUGUUAUUUUCUAUUUUGCCCUUGUAUUCAUACCCCUUCACUUCACUCCGGUCGUGCGGCCCUUCUCACCUUCAAUCGAAGUGAAAACGUUGAAAACAUUCAACACAGAUGUCACGGAAGACAAGAGAAAUGAGGCGGAGGAGAGAGUAAUUAUGUCCGUCGAGCUUGAGAUUGAUGCGAGUCCGUUGUUCACUGUGUUUACUAGAACCGUGUGGAUUGGCCUACUGGCCGAAUAUAAGUCACAUGACAAGAAUAUGCACCAAGUCAUGUUGUGGUCAACGACAAUGGAAUCACGACAUGACGCCUAUGUUGGAAAAUCAAUAAAGAGAUCAGGAUUCAAUCAUAUUCGGCCCAGUCUCAGAGGGAUGAAUAUGUCGGUCGCAUUGACAUAUUCCGUAGCAUCGUAUUUUGGUAUGUACGCUCGCGGGAGAAUUGAUCCAGAGUGGAAGCAAUAUAGUUCAGAGAUAUAUCUUCUCAGACCUUUGGAAUCUCCACGACGAGAGCGGCCUUCUGUUCAAGUUCUGACUUCGGAUACAGCUUAUCUGGUGAACGUUCGAAAGGAUAAAGCGGAUGUAUAA